CAUGAUGGUUGUGAGCCUAUUCCAAAAUGUGAGCUUAGGAAACACUUCACUUUGUUAUGAUCAUCCUAACUCUUGUCAAAAACUGAGCUAUCCACUGGCCUUUAAAAUUGUAUUUUAUUUGAUUACUGGUGUCAUUAUACUUCUUACAUUAUUUGGGAACCUUAUGGUGAUUGUAGCUGUUGUUCACUUCAAGCAGCUGCACACACCAACUAACUACCUCAUUCUCUCUCUGGCUGUAGCUGAUCUGCUUGUAGGAGGGGUGGUGAUGCCUCCCAGCAUGCUACGCUCUGUGGAGACUUGCUGGUAUUUGGGGAUAGUAUUCUGUAAAAUACACAGCAGUCUGGACAUUACAUUGUGUACUGUGUCUCUACUGAAUCUUGCGUUUAUCUCUGUUGAUCGAUACUAUGCCGUGUGUCACCCUCUGCUGUACCACAAUAAGAUAACCCCUCUUGCUACUCUUGUUAUGGUUGUGGUUUGCUGGAGUUUUUCUACAGUUCCAGCCCUGGUGAUGAUGUUCCCCCUGUUCACUAAUGACGAAAGUGCCACCUUUUACCAGGAAGAUGGAGUCUGCAAAGGACUCUGCAUGAUUUCUUUGACACCAGUAGCAAGCCUUUCCACUUCCCUGUUCUUGUUUUACAUGCCUGCUAUAGUCAUGCUUUACAUAUAUCUUAAAAUAUAUUUAGUUGCACAAAGGCACUCACGUUUAAUCCGCAAUGCACAGGUUGCUCGUAAGAAAAUGACAGUAAGCAUCAGCAAAUCUGAGAGAAAAGCUACUAAGACACUAGCAGUAGUCAUGGGAGUUUUUCUGUUGUUUUAUGCACCAAUUUUCAUUUACAGCAUUAUCAUUCCAGUUUCUGGUUACACUGGCUCACCACAGUUGUUUGAAGUGCUUAGCUGGAUUGGAUAUUCAAAUUCUGCCUGUAAUCCUAUCAUUUAUGCGUUUUUUUACCGCUGGUUUAGACAGGCAGUCAGAAAUGUUCUACUUGGUAAAAUAUUUAAUGAAAACUCUUCAAGAAGUGAAUUAUCCUCAGAUUAGAUGUACGAUUUUUUUGUGCUGCUCUACUCAUUAAACCUUUCCGAUACAUGCAUAUAAAUGCAAUGAAGUUUCAGUGAUUUACACAAGCAUUUAGUUUUCACCCUUUUUCACUUUUAGGAUUACCAGUCACACUACAAAUCAACACUACAGGGGCAGUUUUCCAGAUAAAAUGCCUAUUAAAAGACAAUUUAAUCUAGACCCAAGCUUAAUCCAUGUCUGGUAAAACAUAAAACUCAUAGAACAGUGCAGAGUGUAAUUUGAUAAAAGAUUCAUUAAUGAGAAUUCAAAUAACAGAACCAGUAAGAAACUUUAGACACAGUGAUUUAAUCUACAUCAGAAUAAAUAUAAUAGUGUUUUAGGCUAGAAUUAUAUUCUGGUGCAGUUAGAAAGUCAUAUACGACAAAAAAACAUAUUUGGAUUUUUAGGUAGGUACAUUUCAUUCCACACAUUUACACACAAAAAUGUUUUUGUUUUUUUUUUCAUUACAAGAAUGAAAAGCAAGAAGGUAAUUUUAAGCACUUGCGAAACUUUGAUAUAGUUGCGUUGUAACUGAUCUGAUAAAAACAUCUUCUGCUUCUUCUCAUUAAAAUAUAUAUAGACGUUUUCCUUUAGAAAAUUUGUUCAUCUGUGUGUAUUCAAUAAGCAUCAUAAAAUAAAAUAAAGAAAUCCUGCUGCUCAUAAAUACAUGAAUAUUGUUAGUCACUGCUUCUAUGAUAUGUUCAUGCUAUCACCUCAGAACUUAAUGUGCCAGCACCCUCACACUACAUACUACUGAAGACUGAACAAAGUUUUAAAAGCCUGAUGUUUAAAUUAUGUGCCCCACGUUCACACAGAUCUUAUUCCAAAAUUCUUCAUCAGCAUGAUGAAUUUUAAGGUUUAAAGAAAUGUUUGUUCACAACAAGGCCAAGAAUGAGCCUUUUGCUUAAAACUGGUUGUUAGAAGACAUGAUUAAAUUAGUA